AUGGCAGCUGUGGUAAAUGUGACAAAGACCCACUCGCUUCCACGUCCAUUGCACUACUUGAACGGCGGGUGCGCGGAAUUGAGUAUAGCCCCGGGACUGUUACUGCAUAUCCAGACGCUUGACUACACCCCAUUACACCCUCGAGCCGAAUUUGGUGAAUUUCCUUGGAUGGUUGCCAUAGUACUAGAAGCCGUAAUUGAUGGUCAAACUGUCAAAGAUUAUAAAUGUGCUGGCUCCAUUUUAGCACCCAACGUCGUUUUGACUGCUGCACAUUCUGUAUAUAAUCUGGAAGCUCAUCUUUUGUUGGCGCGUGCUGGUGAAUGGGAUAUGCAGAGCGAAGAUGAAGAGACACCACAUCAAGAUGCUCGCAUCAAGGAGAUCAUUUACCAUAAAAACUAUGUUAAGGAAAUGCUACACAAUGAUGUAGCGCUACUCAUUCUGGAAACACCAUAUUUUUGGGGAAGAAAUGUAUGACCCAUUUGCUUACCCGUAACUGGUGUUAAUUUCGAUCAAUCAGGUUGUUUUGCCACCGCUUGGGGCAAGAAAAAGGUCGGUAAGGAUGGAACUAAAAUUUUAAAGAAAAUCGAAAUGCGUGUUGUAUCACGACACUUAUGUGAGGCGAAUCUACGUGUAGCGCGACUAUUUAGAUAUUUCCGAUUACAUUCGAGUUUUAUGUGCGUGGCUGGCGAAAGAGGCAAAGAUAUUUGCAUGCUGGAUGGCGGCUCACCGUUGGUAUGCCCCGAUCCAAGACGAUCUGAACGUUACUCGCAAGUUGGCAUUGCGUCCUGGGGUUUGGAUUGUGAGAGGGAAAAUGCGACUGGAGUAUACGCUGAUGUUAAUCAUGUCCGUUCAUGGAUUAUUGAAACACUUGCCAGGCGUGAAAUAUAUUUGUAAAA